AUGCCUGCCCCACGACCCCCUAAAGGGGAGCUGUGGGAGACUCGGAGCAUGCAGCGUCGCCCACGUGGAAAGCGACUGGCGCAAGAAUCCGCUUCACAGCCACCACCAGAGCCAAGAUGGAUCAACCUCGACAUCAUCAGAUCUUGGAUCACAAACUGUAACGAAAAGCAUGCAGAUCAUUGCCAGCGAGCGCGUCUGCCGGACGAAACACAGGGACUGCCGCGCUGGCUUAUUCAUGUCUCGGAGAAGCGCGUAGUGCCUCUUCGGUCUGACUAUCGAUAUGUCGCUCUCAGCUACGUCUGGGGUAGAUCGACAGGCCAUGACCUGCAACUUUUAAUGGAAAAUCUCGAGUCAUUCCAAGAAGACAAAGCACUUGAGAAGAUGUGGGAUCAAGUCCCCGCCACGAUUCAGCAUGCGAUAGAGCUAGUCCGACGUAUCGGCGAGACGUAUAUCUGGGUCGAUCGCCUCUGCAUCGUGCAAGAUGACUUGGAGAUAAAACAAGAACAGAUCAAUCAGAUGGCUUUUAUAUAUGGCAACGCCUAUUUCACACUGGUUGCUACAGCCGCCUACAGCGCCGAAGAAGGGCUGAGAGGAAUAAAAGAUGUCUCACCCUCCAUGCACCACAAUGUUUGGCCAGAGCGAGCUAAUAUGGACCACUACGGGCUCGUCGCAUGGUCGCCUUGGACCAAAAGAGGAUGGACAUUGCAGGAACUCGUGUUUUCACAGCGAUCCUUGUUCUUCCAUAACAAUGAGGUGACGUGGGAAUGCCACUGUGCUAUAUGGCACGAGCAUAUGCAACUGGCUGAUCGCGAUCAGAAAAGUUGUCUUGGAACAUUUAGUCCAGAUGCACGGGGGUUUCGGUACUCUCCAUGGCCGGACCUACAAGAGUUUCAUCAGUUAGCAACGAGCUAUAGUCGGAGACAACUUACUUUCUCGAGUGAUAUUCUUCCGGCCUUUGCUGGUAUCACGACAGCUUUAUCGCAGUCCUUCCCCCACGGAUUCUUGUUCGGUCUACCAGAGAUCGCAUUCGAUGUUGCUCUUCUGUGGAGAUCGGCUGGAAGCAUAUGCCAGGCCUCGGUGUUGAACGGAAAGCCUGUUCCUAGUUGGUCUUGGAUGAUUUGCCUCGACUUGCACAUUGACGUGGAUCUUUCACCAUGGGCGAGCGGCUUCGAGUAUAUGGCACAUCCAAUGUCUGAGCAGGGUCGGUCGGCCACCUAUCCGCCUCUCCACGUCGCAUAUCAGCAAGAGUGGAAUUCGCGAUGGAACCGAAAACGUCCUCCAGAAGGCAUUUUAGACGGACUAGUGACAGAGUCAAUAUGUACGUGGUACGUCAAUGACGAGUCGGGCGAUAGACCUAUCACGAACGAUCUCGAAAGAUUUAAAGCCUGCAGUACCGACCCGGCACUUGCGCUUCCUCCCAGCUGGCAAAGAGACGGAGAUUUGUUCUACCAUCCGAUUGAUCCACAACGAAGAUUCAAAUAUCCAAUUCCACUGGUAACUGACGAAAACUUGACCGGAGCUGAAAAGGAACCCUCGUUUUUGAUAAAGACCCAAACUGAGCGGGCUUUCUUCUAUUGCGAACCAUCAACAAACGGCCAAUCUAUACACAGACUUGAAGGAGACGCCGUCGUCGACCUCUAUACCAGUGAGGGGACAUGGGUAGGCUGCCUUCGCGCACAGACGAGGUCUAUUUUAUGGCUGCUUCUUUGCAGAAAACUCAAAUGCGAGUUGGUAGCAAUAUCGAGAGGGUAUAUCGAUUCAAAUACCGGUGGAUGGUCUCGUCUUGACGAGUACGAGAAGCUGAAAGUGCAGGAGAGGGAAGACUACAAGUUCUACAAUGUUUUGCUGAUUGAGUGGAAGGAUGGUGUUGCUUAUCGACAAGGCAUCGGACGCGUGGAUAGAGCGGCUUGGGAAGCGGAGUUCCGCGAGGCGAUCGAAUUAAUUCUAGGUUGA